UUGGAUUACAAGUCGACAAACAACAGUUUCUGGUGCUACUUCUGCUUCCGAUGGAACAAGAAGAGACAACAUCGAAGACAAGGGCAACAAUUUGUAUGCGGGCUCUUUUUGGCGGAAAGAAAUCCAGUCAAAAUCGCGUGAUGAAGUUGAUCAAAUGUUCAAUACAUUUGGUCCAUUAGACCGUCCAGUCGAAGACGAAAACGAAGAAGAAGAUAGGAGUAGGGACGACCAAGAAGAUGCACAUGGCGAACCAGAAGACGACCUCCAAGAUGAAGUUUAAUAUAUUAAAAAAAAAAAGGCCAUCAAAAAGGGAAGGGAAGCAUCACGUAAUCAACAUAACUGAGGUACUACAAGAUUAUGAGCAGGUCUACGCUACAAGGUCAUGAACAAAAUGAAGUACUACAACUACUGCAAUAAACAAAUAGAAAUAACAUUACAGCAUGACUAUUUUUUCAGUGCAGGAGGUACUAGUUGUACAACGAACGCAAAGCAGUCACGUUGACCUUCAGCUUCACGCUCCUCUUUCAUAACAACAGCGUAACAUCAAAAUAUGUUGAACUUCAUUAAACUCAAACUCAAAGUACAUUAUCAUUAUACCAGAAGGGAGAGGGACUGCAUAAUUUUUCGUAUAUUAAUCGUGAUCAUCUGGUCUAAGAAUACCUCACGCUAGACUUGAAUCAUGUGCAGAAUUUUUUUCAUUGAAUUUUGUUUUCUUUUUUCGUUUAUUCCUACGUUUAUUUGUUUCGAAGGUGUAGUUAACGUUAAGGACCAUAGGUGGAAGCUUAAGCUUCUUCAUCUCCAAUCCAGUAAAGGGCCAGCUUCUUGCUGCGAUCUAGGUAAAUGUAGCUUGAGCUUGACCUUGAGGCACACUUAAUCUUAAGAUCGCCAAGAAAGGGUUUAGACCUUGUUCGCUUGGCAUUUCUUGAAACAAAUGAAAUCCGAUGUUCCUCUUGUGCUAGAUCACGUUUUUCGACUACAAUCAAAUGAGCUGGACGCGGCCAAAGAUUAUCGUAUUAGUAUUUGUAUCGUUAUCUUCAUAAUUCUUGAAAAGAUUUUCGCUUAAUAUCCUUCCCCAGAAAAAACGCACAAUUUACACCUUGCUGCCCAUUGGAUUUUACAACUUUAUUCACUACAAAUCAUCUUCGACUCACCGUGAGGCAGAGCCACCGGCCUUGUAAGAAACAAGAUCUUGUUUGACACGGCUC